UUCCACACCAUGUUCCACACGCAUCCCCGGCUAGUUUAAACAUGGCGGCGCGGGGCAAUGUGUCCUGUGGAAUAGACCUACACUUUGCAGCGGACUUGCCAGAAGCGAUAAUUUCUGCCGGAAAUGCCGGGUACAAAUUUGUGACAGUGGACAUCAGCCAUCCACGAUCACGGCAAGAAUGUCUCCUGCCCAAUCCCAAGUCAACCCCUAUGCCUUUUUCACGUUCAGACCUUGUAUUACCAUCACAAGAUUGGAGCUCUUUGGUGACCCUCAGGGUUUCUAAAUGGAUUGAUGUGGAUUCACCUGUUGAAUCCUUCAGGAAAACGUGCGAGAAGGUGCUGUACCAGGAGCUAUGCUAUGCAGCGCAUGUGGGUGUGCCAGCUAUCCUUGUGGAUGUGCGCAGCCGGCAUUGUGUUAACCUGGCUCGAAUGCUACACAACUACAUAAUGGCCUCUACUGCCUACCAGUUGAUGUUCCAGGCCUGGCUUGUUAUUCCCAUGGAGGCACCUUCUGUACAGAGUCAGCGCCACCUGUGCUCAUUGUCCAAAGAGGACCGUGAGUGUGACAAUGAUGACAACAACAACCUUGACAGGAUAAGUCAUGAUGAGGACCCUUGGGAAUGGUGGAAUGUCAUUAGGAGUGUGGCUGGCGCAGAAAAACGCAUAGGUGUAGCACUUCGACUGACGGCUGACGUGCCGUCCGAGCAGACAUUGCGUCGCUGGUUGGGGGAACCUGUCCGGUGUAUUGUGAUAAGCACCUCAGUCUUCCUGACCAACAAAAGGGGCUUUCCUGUUCUAUCCAGGGCUCACCAAGCAGUUAUUCAUCAGUUUUUCAAGCUUGGAAGCCAGCUGAUUGUUGAUGGAAGCUGUCGUCAUGAGCACAUGAGGCUCUACUAUCAGUACCUCGAUCACCUUUUCAAUACACAACCUCCAGAUGACCCUUUGUGUGAAUUUGCCAAAGGCUUUGAGGACUACCUGCAAACACCACUUCAACCCCUCAUGGAUAACCUGGAGUCUGUGACAUAUGAAAUUUUCGAAAAAGACCCAGUGAAGUACACAGAGUACCAGAGGGCUAUGUACCUUGCUCUCAUGGACAAAGGUGCUGAAGUUGGCAAGGACACAGAAAUCAUCCUCAUGGUUCUGGGUGCUGGAAGAGGUCCUCUUGUGAGAGCAGCGCUGAAUGCAGCUGAGUCGGCAAGCCAGAAAGUUCGUCUCUAUGCAAUUGAAAAGAACCCAAAUGCAGUGAUCACGUUACUUACACAGAAGGCCGAGUUAUGGAAGGACCUAGUGACUGUAGUGUCAUGCGACAUGCGUGAUUUUGAGGCUCCUGAGAAAGCAGACAUUCUUGUCUCUGAGCUGCUGGGUUCCUUUGGUGACAACGAGCUCUCUCCAGAGUGUUUGGAUGGUGCGCAGCGUUUCUUGAAAGAUGAUGGCAUCAGCAUUCCUUGCCAGUACUCCUCAUACCUGUCACCACUGCAGUCUUACAAGCUCUACACAGAAGUGGCAGCACUAAGGGAGAAGGACAAGCAUCCUCUGACUCCCUACGAAGUGCCUUAUGUGGUGCGUCUGCAUAAUGUUACUGAGCUUUCGGAACAUCAACACUUGUUUACUUUUGUCCAUCCAAACAAAGACAAAGUGGUUGACAACAGUAGGUACAAGUUUCUGCGCUUUAAAAUCAAGGACACCAACGUCUUGCAUGGAUUUGCAGGAUACUUUGAUACAGUGUUGUACAAAGAUGUCGUCCUGAGCAUCUGUCCAAACUCCCAUUCACCUGGCAUGUUCAGCUGGUUUCCUAUAUUUUUCCCUAUAAAGGAGCCCAUCCGUCUGCAAAAGGGUGCAAUACUAGAGGUGCACUUUUGGCGGUGUGUGACUCCACGCAAAGUGUGGUAUGAAUGGCUGGUGUCGGAGCCGGAAGUUGGAACUGUCCACAAUCCGUGUGGUCGCUCUUACACUAUAGGGCUUUGACUAAGCCUAACUGGAAUGCAAAAUAAAUGUACAAGUUGUGCAUAAGUUCUUGACAUUUUGUUGCCAUACUGUUAAGCAACAGUAUGAUUAAAGUACCGAUUUCCAUUUCUC